GAAGCCGCAACGAACGAAACCAGAACAAGCAAGCAGAAUGAACUGAGGACUGGAAGACGAGAAGGACCUUGGGGUGUGUUGUAGCCUAUAUACACUUUGCGUUCACGGUCCUGCAACCCCGACACCUUGCCUAAUUGGACCACGUUCAGCGUCUCUGAAGAUUCCGAGGUGCCCUACAGACACACAAGUGAACCUUUUCCUAUCAUCCGCAGCCACAAGGUCCUGACCCAACAUCACAUCCACCUCCACUGGCACACCCGCCAUUUCCGCCCGCCAUGAAGCCCAACGGGUUGCUUGCCCUGGUGCUUUGUACUUUUGCCGCAGCUGCCGCAGCCUGGAGUAAAGAGGACCACGAAAUCUUCCGGCUCCAAGACGAGGUAGUCGCUCACGAAGGACCGAACGUUACUUUCUACGAUCUUCUCGGUGUCAACCCCUCGGUGGGUCAAGAUGCGCUCAACAAAGCUUACCGCAAGAAAUCUCGAGAGCUGCACCCCGACAAGGCACGCUCUAACUUCAUCAACAGCUAUGCGCUCAACCAAAAGAAGAAGAACAAAGGCUCGAAGAAACCCGGGGUGCAUGUGACCAAACAGCCGAGCAAGAAGGAAGUUGAUGCGCAUGUCAAAGAGGUCACGGCCAAAUACCAAAGGCUCUCUGUCAUUGCGAAUGUCCUGAAAGGGCCCGAAAGGGAGCGUUACGACCACUUCCUGAAGAAUGGUUUCCCCAAGUGGAAAGGCACUGGAUACUACUAUGCUCGAUUCCGUCCCGGGUUGGGCUCUGUGAUGAUGGGACUCUUGGUUGUCUGCGGAGGAGGCAUGCACUACUUUGCUCUGGUCAUGGGCUGGAAGCGCCGCCGGGAGUUUGUAGAGAGAUAUAUCAGGCACGCGCGCAAGACAGCUUGGGGUGACGAUACUGGCAUCAAGGGCAUUCCCGGAGUAAGCUCUCCCGUCCCUGAGGUCAAUACUCCGCCAGUCGAGGAGUCUCCAGACGAGAUGGUCCCUAGGAACCGCCGCGAAAGGCGCAUGAUGGACAAGGACAAUCGCAGGGACAAGAAAGCGCAAGCAGCUAAGAAAACACGUAUAUCUGGCAUCAGCACCCCAAUGGAGGCCGAACUCAUCUCUGGUCCACAAGGAGCCAAGAGGCGAAUUGUUGCAGAGAACGGCAAGGUCCUCGUUGUCGACUCUGUCGGCAAUGUCUUCCUAGAAGAAGAAACUGACGAGGGCGUCAAACAAGAGUUCCUUCUUAAUCCCGAUGAAGAACCCCGCCCCACUAUAUACGACACCCUCCUUUUUAAGUUCCCCAAAUACUGCUACAACCAAUCCAUUAGCCGCAUCCUCGGAAACAAGCCCGCCAUCAACGAACUCCUCCUCGAGACCUCUGAAUUCCCUGAAAACGAAGUCUCCUUGCACUCCGCCACUGCCCCCAAUGCGAACGGAGAAACCAGGAAGCGGAAAUCCAAGGCAAGGGGCAUCAGGUAGUGAAGUUAGCUCCCUGAGAGGAUACUUAGGGCGAUUGCUAUAAAAGUGCUCGGAGAUGGAGUUUGAUACCUGGGAUUGUAUAGAAACUGUUUAUUCGUUGUUGGCCCCUAAGAAUUCUAAAGAGCCAAACAAUCUAAAAAUACCUAGCACUUCACGAUAGGUGUUUGUUAUUGA